AUGAAAAUCAAGCAUUACCCAGGAAAAGCGGUCAUGGAGGACCCAUGGCUGUCCAUUACGGACAGAACUAUGGAUUUAGUUUAUGCCGCAAACUGGAUCGGUGCAAGAAAUCUAAAUAAAUUAAAGGACAAUGAUGGUACAAACAGUGUUAAAUUUAACUCCAUAUCUAGGAGUAAGUCUUGUCGAGAUAUUGGGCGCACUCCCGAAAAAGAGAAAUACCAUGAUAGCAAAAUAUAUUCUUUAGAAGAUAAUGGAUAUAAUUACUCGAAAGAUGUUCCUAAUGAAAAUAUAUCUCAACUAGCUAAAUACCAACAAAACAUAGAAGAAAAGGCGAGAGCCAAUAAUGAUCUCAUCGCUCAAAACAAAUUGAAACAUAGUUAUAGUUUUAAGGAUAUGCCAAAUGGGUACAGGCCGUCCACGCUAAGAAGAGUAAAACGAAGGAACUUUACAGAAUGGAAUAUCGAAUCAUUCGCUAGUAACAGUAAACAGCUACCUGUGCCACCACAACGUAAGGAAUCUUUAAAAUAUGCACACCGACAAAGAAAGGUAGAUUCUAAAAAGACCUAUUACCCGCUACCGGAUCCCGGCCCGGUGCCACCAGACCCCUCGUCUGAAUCAUAUUACGAAUACUAUUCGAGAGUUAGUCAGCAAAAUAAUGAUACUGAUAGCGAUAAGAUAAAACAAAUACAGAAAGAUACAAAAAGAGAAAAAAAUAUUCAAAAUGAGCCUAUUAAACAAAAUGGAAAUACUAUGUAUCAAAUUAUAAACUCAAUGGCCACAUUAGAUUUAGCUCCAAUAAAGUCCAAGAAUGUAAAACAGGAGUUAGAUAUUAAUUGUGAAGCGGAAGAUUUAGGCUUAUACAUGCAGCCUGUUAAACAGUCGUUAUCUACAUGCGAUCAACUUCCUAAACUCACAAUUCAGCCGACGAACGAACAAAGUGGACGCAUCGAAGAUAAUAAGCCUAGUUUUCGUUCUAAAUCAUUGAGAGUAAAAAGCGAAGGGCGGGCGCCUCUUCCAGCUUAUCUCGAUACAGUGAAGUCUGAAGAAAUUUAUAAUGGCGUCACUGUCACCCAACCGAAAAGAAAUCUAUCACCCAGCGAACAAUUGACGCUAAUGCAGUACGAAAUGUACAACGGAAGUCAAACUCAACCAGUGCCACCGAUUGCUAAUGGGUUACACUCUAAUGAUUUGUCUAAAGAAAGUGACUAUCGGAUUAAAAAUGCCGUUGCGAAACAAAUUAAACGCGAUAAAUAUGGAAAACUGUACAGUACCGUAAGAGUAAAAAGUGAUGAUAGAUAUGAUAGGUAUAAUGACAUUAUGUCUUUUGGAACUCAGAAACAGAAAGAAAGUAUUAGUGAAGAACGUAUUACAAACGUUAAUGGUGUUUAUUCGAGAAGUGCAAAAAGCUCUUCUAGUAGUUCGGACUCAGAUUUUUCGAUACCUAGACCUAAGUUAAUAGUGCCUGUUCAUACCUAUGGGACCAGGAAGAGAAGGACGGGAAAUCUCUGUCAGCGUGACAGUAACGCCACUGAGUCGUCUUUAGAUGCGGGUAUAGUUUUAGACGUAACUCGUCUACAAGACACCAAUGUCAAGACAGCAGACAAACAUCAGAAUGGAGACACAGAGGGUAGGGUGGAAGUGUCCCGUGAGAACAAGUACCUCAGUACGAUGGCUCCGGGGAAGGUCUUCGGCGAGCUGGCCAUCCUGUACAACUGUAAACGUACAGCCACUAUCAAGGCGGCUACAGACUGUCGCCUGUGGGCCAUCGAGCGUCAGUGUUUCCAGACCAUCAUGAUGCGCACUGGGCUCAUUCGCCAGGCCGAAUACACCGACUUUCUUAAGAGUGUACCGAUCUUCAAGAAUUUCUCUGAAGACACGCUGAUCAAGAUAUCUGACGUAUUGGAGGAAACACAUUACCAAAAUGGCGACUACAUUAUCAGGCAGGGUGCUCGUGGUGAUACUUUCUUCAUCAUAUCUAAAGGACAGGUGAAAGUGACUCAGAAGCCACCUAACAGUAACGAUGAAAAGUUUAUAAGAACCCUCACAAAAGGCGAUUUCUUCGGCGAAAAGGCAUUGCAAGGAGACGAUCUUCGAACGGCUAACAUUAUCUGCGACGCUCCAGAAGGCACGACUUGCCUCGUCAUCGACCGGGAGACUUUCAACCAGUUGAUCUCGACCCUCGACGAAAUCCGUACUAAAUACAAGGACGAAGGCGAAAGCAGGGCGAGGUUAAACGAAGAAUUCGCCAAUCUACGUCUGUCAGACCUGCGUAUUAUUGCAACUUUGGGUAUCGGAGGCUUUGGCCGAGUGGAACUGGUACAGAUUCAAGGCGACACUAGCAGGUCUUUUGCCCUCAAACAAAUGAAGAAAGCCCAGAUCGUUGAAACGAGACAACAGCAACACAUCAUGUCUGAAAAAGAGAUAAUGUCGGAAAUGAAUUGCGAGUUUAUCGUUAAACUGUACAAGACGUUCAAAGACCGUAAGUACUUGUAUAUGCUGAUGGAGACCUGUCUUGGUGGCGAGUUAUGGACCAUUUUAAGAGAUCGAGGUCAAUUCGACGACUCAACAACUAGAUUCUACACAGCUUGCGUAGUUGAAGCGUUCCAUUACUUGCAUUCUCGAAAUAUAAUUUACAGGGAUCUAAAGCCUGAAAACUUACUACUGGACUCCAAAGGUUACGUAAAGUUAGUGGACUUUGGUUUCUCGAAGAAGCUGCAAGCCAGUCGCAAGACCUGGACUUUCUGUGGCACACCUGAGUACGUAGCACCUGAAGUGAUUAUGAACCGAGGUCAUGACAUAAGCGCUGACUACUGGUCUUUAGGUGUUCUCAUGUUUGAACUCCUUACCGGCUCACCACCGUUCACGGGUACAGAUCCUAUGAAGACGUACAACAAGAUUCUGAAGGGUAUCGACGCCGUCGAGUUCCCACGAUGCAUCACAAGAAAUGCUGCAAAUCUCAUCAAGAAAUUAUGUCGAGACAAUCCGGCUGAAAGGUUGGGCUAUCAGCGUGGUGGUAUCACGGAGAUACAGAAACACAAAUGGUUCGACGGUUUCAACUGGGAAGGUCUAGCCCAGCGUUCCUUGGAGCCUCCGAUCACGCCGGUGGUGAAGUCCCCACUCGACACACACAACUUCGACCAGUACCCGCCCGAUGGAGAGGAGCCACCACCGGAUGAUCUCUCCGGAUGGGACAGUAAUUUCUAA